AUGAGUCGAGAUAAGAAUUCAUUAGAUUAUGAAUCCAACUUGAAUUCUUCUACUCACCUUGAACAUUUAAUGAUAAGUUAUAGUCAUAAACAGAAAGAAAUCGCAAUAAAUCUUACAAAACAUUUAAAAGAAAAAGGAUAUAAGGUAUGGUUUGAUCAAGACAAUCUGAAAUAUGCUGUAAAUACAUUUAGAAGUUUGGCUGAAGCCAUAGAAAAAUCUUACGCUGUAUGUAUUAUAUAUUCCGAAAAUUAUAAAAAUAGCGAAUAUGCUGAGAUGGAAGCAACAUAUGCAAUUUGUUUGAAAAAACCAAUUAUUUGUUUACGUGCACAACGUGACUACAAACCAAAGGGUUGGCUAGGUCUUAUAACUGCCCGAGAAAAUCGUAUUGACAUUUCUGGAAAAUAUCCAUUUGAUGAGUAUUUUUCUACUUUAUGUCGAAGAAUCGAUGAAUGCACAAAAAUCAAAACGGAUCAUUGUAGGUGAUCAUGUAUGUCAUAUCAUUUGUCAGUUAUUAUUCAUCAUAUUAUUUAUCGGCAAUAUAAUCUUUUUUUUAAUUGAUACUAGCGAAUAUUAAAAUAGGAAUAAUUAAUGAAGCCCUAAAAGACUUUUAUAUCACAGUUGAAAUGAAAGUAUAUAUUUUGUAUUUUUCAAAUGACUAAGAUCAACAUAGAAACUAGUAUGAUUUGAAAAUGAUUUUUUGUUACGAACUAAAUUCCAAUAGAAAACUAUUUUGGAAGAUGAAAAUUUCAAAACCAUUUUGAUAUAAAAAACAUUUAACAGCUGUUUCAUUCUAGUAUUGAACUCCAAAUUAGUAAGUACUAAUAACUUAGAUACAAUUUAAAACCAAAAGCAUUCAUUUUCCACAGUUAUCACUGUUUUCUUAAGUCAGUCAGUUAAAUUUUAUUGAUUUUUAUUUACAGUUUAAAUCAUUUUAUGAUGAACGCGUCAACUAUCCGAUAAUAUUGGUAUCAUCGGUUUCCAUUUUGAUAUGAAUGGAUAUCAUCACUUACGGGUUCUUACUGAAACAUCGAAAAUUGUGCAUGUAGCUAAUACGUAUUGAGCAUAUAAUUUUUAGCGAUUCUAAGAAUCUUAUUGAAAAAUCAUUUAAAACCAGUGAUUACUAGAUAAUUAUUUUGUUGCGAUUCCAGACUUCCUAAAUCCAUAAGCUAAUUACGCAACUGAAAUUGGAUUUCAAGAUCUUUAAAUAUUAAAUCCAGAAAUUCACAAACAAGUUUUUAAUCAACACUACUAAAGUGGAAUAUCUUUUUAACUGAUAUAAUCCAAAGAAACAUGUUAUCUUUUAGUACAUUUCCAUGGAAGACCCUUUUGAUGAUUAUAUGGUAGCUUUUAAGGAUUUUAUAAUCAGAGAUGGAUGGCUACUAACGGCAGAAUCCAGGACUCACGUUUCGUUUUACUUGAGACUCGACAGAUGAAUUAACCUGCAUUCGAGAGCCGGUGUUCAAUCUGGAACUAGAACUCACUACCGUUCAUUUUAAACGCCAUCGCGUCAUACACUUAUUUAUUGAGCACGGAUAGCCACUAGCUUGUGCAAUGAGGUGAAAUCUAAUUUAUUUUUGGAUUAAAUGUUUAAAUCUUUCCACUGACGUUUAGGACUGCAGUUGGCCAUCUAGACUUAGUAGCUAAGUGGAUAAUGCAAUCGCACUUAAAAUAAACGGUACCGAGUUCGAUCCCCGGAGUAAACACCAACUCAGGGGUGCAGGUAAAUGCAGCUGACGAGUCCAAAAUAGGGUGAAACGAGCAUUCUGCAUUCCACUGCUAACCACCAACCAUCCCUGUUUAUAAUACUUGUGACCCAAGGUAAUAUCAAGGUGACACUCACAUGAUGUACAAAUGUCAAUAGAUGACUGAUCAAUCACAGUCUGAAACGUCAUUGGGAAGAUCUAAACAACCAAUUAAAAAAUGAGUUUUUAUUGACUUUGUUCGUUAACAGUAGUUUACUUUCUCCAAUUGGUCUAAGUUUAUUUUGUUUCAAUUCUUCGAUUAGUAUUUUGAAAUGAUUUAUGUACUUUGUAAAUCUUUAAAAAUCAUGCAAUAUUAUUCUCUUGUUACCUGUAAUCUUCAUUAUUAUAACAAAAUGAAAUGUAGUUCCUGUUAUAAGCAUGCAUUUCAUUUCAAAUGAAUAUUUCUAUCUGAUUUUGUUGUGUACAAUAAUUCUAAGUAGAAGAACUCUUGAAAGAUGAAGAAUUGAACUGUAGUUCAUAGCACUUGAAUGUUACUUCAAGUAUUUCCAGACAGUCGGAAGGUGAACAGCAAUAGAGAUCAGAAAGCGCUUUUCAUACUAUUUGGUACUCGUCUGAUCAAUGUACCUGCAUCUCAGAGUUAGUGUUCACUCCGAGUGUCAAACACGAAAAAAUGUGGGUCCUGGUUUCCACUGCUAGCCAUGUCCAAUCUUUUUUAUCGGAACUUGUAUUACAGUGGCUAUAUCGAGGCAGUCCUCAUAGGAUGCUUAUAUGCCACGCGGGAAUGAACAAAUUUCAGUUAACAUUUCAGCAACAGGGCAAUCUAAUCCAUUUAAAUUUGAAUGAAAAAGACAUUUUGUAGCAGAUUUCAGGACACUUCUGUGUAUUUUGUAGAUUAGUCAAAAAACUGUAAGAACACUUGUCCUAUUUGUUUCUAAUUAUUAACAAGAUUUACUGGGUUUUUGUCAACCUUUCUUACAAUAGAAUUUAUUCACAAAAUUAUUAAUAAUGUUAGUGGGGGAUUCAGAAUACAUACACUCAUUUCACUAAACUUUGUACUGAUUUAUAAUAUAGCACUUUAGAAAAUACAGUUGUUAGACGAAUCGUAAUAAAUUAAAAACAUUAAAUGAAUUUUUCAUUUGGAUUGAUUAUAAACAUCAAAGGACAAUUGUUGUUUGAUACUAAUCUAAGGAUUGAGACGUCUUGUUUAAGCAAUUUCAGUGUAUGCUACUUAUGCGGACAAUUAUAAGAAGUAUAUAUCAAGAAUCGGAAGUGGAGUCCUUAUCGACAGAAAGCUGAAAUAAGGAGAAGAAGAAAGAAAAUAGAUCAAUCAGAACAACUACAGAAUUGGAGGAACGAUGGAGAUGUGCAGAUGAAGAUAUGCAAAUUAUUUAUUUAAUGUAUGAUUUUAAUAUUUUAUAAAGUCACUGCGUGACUUUUACCGAAACAUGAAAUCGGUUUUACCUAACUACUCUUUGCUCUCAACAUAACCACCGUUCUCACGAGUAAUCGAUUGUAGUCCUUAAAGUCACAGACGAAAAUAUACAGACGUGUACAGUUCAAUUCACACCUCCCCACACAUAUUAGUAUCUAGUUAAACUCAGAACUUAGUAAACAACGGGUUUAUUGUUUGAAACCAUAUAUACUAGGUCGGAGUCCAGAGGAGAGCCUUGAAGUUGAAAUGUGUUAGCCACACCUAAAUGACGAGUCCCAAGUAGGAUAAAGCAUUCAUCUUUGAUUUCACUGCCAUCCUCUAUCGAAUGUAACUAAUAACAUGCGACGAGAUGUUAAUAUUACGACAAUUUGUUCAAUAUAGACUGAUUAUUUGUAGUUAUUAACACUGGCGACGGGAAAAUACAAACCAUUUUAAAUAAUAAAGAAACGCUAUUACCAAUAAAUUUUUAAGUUUAUUAUUUUCAUUCAUUUCCAGAAAUAGUUCUCGAUUUAAUCUUGACGUGAUUUUUGAAUAGAUAAAAGAAUGUUACCCGCCUUGCAACAAACAACCUCUAAACUUAACUGACAAUAUAUACAAUCAAGUUCAAGUUUAAAACAAAUAUGAAGGAAAUUUUAUAUUUUUACUUAAUUUUUCAAAUGAUGUUGUAAACUACGUAUGCUUUCUGCACACAUUACAAAUAUCUCUAUACAAGGAAUUAUCAGAGUGUACACUUCUAUCUAUUUUAAAACUUCUUGGUGAAAUGUUCAUGUUUUACUGGAUUUCAUUCUUUAUCUUUUAUUUACUUAUUGAAAUUUCUAUUUUAUUGAUUUCUUUCGAAAAAUUUCGCUACUCUGUUUAAAAACAAAAUUAAUUUUAUUUAUCUUGGCUUAUCCAUGUAUCGUUGUUAAACAUUAGUGAAAAAGGUAUGUGUUACAUUGCAUUUAAUAAUGUUAUGUUUACAAUUAACAUAUUUUGACAAUGAAACAUACUUGGAAGAAUUUUGUCGUGAUAAUGUGAGUGUUGAAGUGUCAUCUUUUUUCCAUAAUUUAAAUCAAACAGUAAUUAUUUAUGAAAAUUUGAUCAAUUGAAUGUUGUUUAGUUCAAAAUUCUGUAAUACUUCCAACUAAAUAUCAAAUAUGUUGGUGAUAAUUCAAACAUUUUCAUUUGUUUCAAUAAAAAAAAGGAUGAGAAUAUUCUUAGAAUAAAAUGAUUUCAAUGGA